CUUAUUGCUGUGUUGCGGCCACCAUACAAGAUGUCUUGUGACCAUUUCCGGAUUGGGAGCUGGUAGAUCUUUCAUUUAGCUUCGGGUGUUUAUAAUUAUUUUAUUCGGAAGGAAUUUACAAUGGCUGGGCACAGAUUGGUGCUGGUAUUGGGAGAUCUGCAUAUCCCUCAUCGCUGCAAUAGUCUGCCUGCCAAGUUUAAGAAGCUUUUGGUGCCAGGAAAGAUCCAGCAUAUCUUAUGCACAGGAAAUCUGUGUACCAAGGAGAGCUAUGACUACCUGAAGACACUAGCUGGGGAUGUUCACAUUGUCAGAGGGGACUUCGAUGAGAAUUUGAAUUACCCUGAACAGAAAGUUGUAACUGUGGGGCAGUUCAAAAUUGGUUUAAUACAUGGACACCAAGCUAUUCCCUGGGGUGAUAUGGCCAGCUUAGCUUUGUUGCAACGUCAGCUGGAUGUGGACAUCCUUAUUUCAGGACACACACAUAAAUUUGAGGCAUUUGAGCAUGAAAAUAAGUUCUACAUCAACCCAGGUUCUGCUACUGGAUCAUAUACACCUAUAGAAAGCAACAUCAUUCCUUCUUUUGUGUUAAUGGACAUCCAGGCUUCAACUGUCGUCACAUAUGUUUACCAGCUGAUUGGGGAUGAUGUGAAAGUGGAAAGAAUAGAGUACAAAAAGUCAUAAAGCUGACCAGAUGGCUUUCAUUGCUCAUUUUAUACUAUUUUGUUUGUUUCCUCUUGUACAUUCAAGUGGUAACAAAGCCAUAAAAGUAUACAAAAAGCAUGUAAUGUGUCAUGUAACAAUCUAAUUUGUGACCCAGCUGUUCUGUUUGGUGUCAGUGUUCUGCUGUAUGAUAACUAUAAAGUCUUUAACUAUGUAAACAUGGUCUGUGUUUAAUUGCAGCACAUUUAGACACCUUAAAUUAAAUAUUUUUUAGCCUUUAAAGGAGCUAUAUAGACAUGUAAAUACUUCAUUUUAUCUGCCAUUAUUAAUGGAUGUGCUCUAAAUGAGAUGAAGUGCAUGACUGAAAAAGCUGUGCUUAUCCUUAUUUGGAACACAUAACUGCCUUUAUAUAUGUUUACACAUAAGCAUUAAAAUAAACACAAGUCUUAUAAUGCA